CGAGCGUGGGAGACGCGCGCUCGUACGUAGGGACGCCCCGCCUUUACGCAGGCACGCCGCGGCCCAGCGGCGGGCGGGAGAGGCACGGCGAGGUCAGCGGCGCCCCGCCCAGUCGGCGAGGCUGCGCGUGCCCAGGGCGAGCGCCGAGAUGGUGGUGGGCGCGUUCCCCAUGGCGAAGCUCUUCUACCUGGGCAUCCGGCAGGUCAGCAAGCCGCUGGCCAACCGCAUCAAGGAGGCCGCCCGCCGCAGCGAGUUCUUCAAGACCUACAUCUGCCUGCCCCCGGCCCAGCUGUACCACUGGGUAGAGAUGCGGACCAAGAUGCGCAUCAUGGGCUUCCGGGGCACAGCCAUCAAGCCGCUGAACGAGGACGCAGCGGCCGAGCUGGGCGCUGAGCUGCUGGGCGAGGCCACCAUCUUCAUUGUGGGCGGAGGCUGCCUGGUCCUGGAGUACUGGCGCCAGCAGACUCAGCAGCGCCACAAGGAGGAGGAGCGUCAGGCAGCCUGGAACGCGCUGCAGGACGAGGUGGGCCGCCUGGCGCUGGCCCUGGAGACGCUGCAGGCCCAGGCCCAGGCAGCGCCCUCUCUGAGCGCCCUGGAGGAACUGCGGGCCGAGCUGCAGGAGGUGCGGGCCCAGGUCUGCAACACACACGCGGCUCCCAAGUGCCACGCAGCGUCUUGCAAGAAAUAGCCAGCCGCUGGGGCCUGGACUUGCAUGUGGCCGUGAGCCCCCAGCAGGGCCUUCUCCCCACACUGCCUGGCCUGGCCCAGCAGAAGCCACCGGGACCUUGAAGCAGCUGUGACACAUGGUCACAUACCACAUGACAGAAUCCGAGCAUUUCCCCCAGGGAGCAUCGCAGCAAAAGCUGACUCGGAGUACUCACCCCAAUCAGGAGUUUCGUUGGACUUGAGGCUCUGCCACCCCGUCUCCCCGCUGUCCUGGCAACAAUGGAAGCAGCCCUCAAGCCUAACGGGGCCUGGUAGACAGGUCACCCGCCCAUCCCUGGAGCGCCUUCUGCCUUUGGUGGGUAUGGGCGUCAGGCCAGGGAAGCCUCUGCUCCCGUGGAGGUCCCCUCAGCCCUCAGCCUGUGGUGUCAGCCCUCCCUUGGUGCGGCUGUCCUGGCUGCUGUCACCACUUCCCUGUCCUCGGCGUCCUUGGGCCUGGUGUCCAGUGACAAGGUGUGUCCUCCUGUCAUUCUCCAGUGGCAUUUCUCAGGCCUGUGGGUUAGGUGUCACCCCACAUCGGUCUGCACCCUCCCCACUCCUGGAGCCCCGGGUCUCCCACCUCCCUACCCCCAGAUGUGACACGUUCCUAGGAAUGUGGUGCAGGACACAGAGUCCUCCCACAGUUCUGGAAGCCAGCAAGGGAGGGAGGUCAGGGUGUGGGCCCCUCCCCCUUCUGACCUCAGGGGCUCCAAGCCUUCUGGGCUGGUUCCUCUUGCCUUCAUGUGGCCUUCCCCCCCCCUUCUGUCUCUUGGACACUGCCCUCAAUACCAGGCCCCUACAUCCGGGUGACCAGGUGGAAAGAUCCGUAAUUGCGUGUCUAAGGCCCUGUUUAAAUGGGGAUACUCUGACAGGCCCCAAGGUUAGCUUGGGAGGCCCUCUGUUCCGAGUGUUAACUACCCUCCUCCGCCGUCCUCAGAGUGCGCAAGGCCACGCUGGGCUCCAGAAGGAUCGUGGCCGCAGUGGUCACCGUUGUGGCUGUCAGUCCCUGAUGUUAGGAGCCCCCAAAUAAGGAGGCGUCCCAAGGACACAUAAGUGGCAUAAUUAAUAUGAACCUGCACACUGGGCCAGUAUUCAUUAAUAACAGAGAAGAGUGGCUGUGGCAGCUCACGUCUGGGAUCCCAGAGGCUGCGGCAGGAGUGAGCCCGAGUCCCAUUGUGAGUUCCGAGACAGCCUGUCUCAAAAAAGAGAAAGAAGAAAAGACAAAACCUUGGAGGAAAGCCAGAAAAGGUGUUGGCUCUGAUGGGAAAGGGGCCAAGACUCAUCCUGUGAGCUCUUUCCCAUAGUGGUAAACUGAGGCCCACGUGGAGGGAAGCUGAGGGACUUGGCCAAGACGCCACAGCUCAGGAGAGACAGCCACAUAGGGAGGAGGGGACCGCAUGGUUGAAGCUGUAGGACAAGGUGAGGAGGGGGCCUGGCCUCUUUCCAAGGGCCAGAGGCACUGAGUUUCCGUUCUUAUCAGAAGAGCCCGAGGCCACACCUGAGAGCUCUGAAUGUAGGGAACAGAUCCAUCCACCUGGCCUUUGUCCCCAGAGGGUGAACAUGACCCAUUCUCAGAAUUCACCAGGCUUGCUUCAUUCAGAGACAUCAAUUCCUAGACGAGGGAGAAGUUGGUGUCUUUAAAUGUGGGAGUGGCUGAGUUUGGUGCCGUCUGAGAGAAAAAUGCAAAGGACAGACAGACUGCUGGAUGAGGGAGGACAGAGGGUGGAGCCAGGGGAGCCGCUCAGAGCCUGACUGCCAUGGUUACCCCUGAGGUCCAGUCUAGCACUCACAGCUCCAAGACCCUGCCCUGGGUCAGGCCACAGCAGUUAUGGCAAAGCCAAGGCAGGUCAGUCUUACUGCAAUAGGACAACUUCCCUGUUCUUAGUUCCCUGAAGAACCCCACAAGAACGUUUUCCCUGACGUGAAUGUCACCUUCAGACCACCCAAGUAUGCAAGUAGGCCUGUGGGCCUCUCCUGACCUGGUGGAGCCUCAGGAUCCUGAUGCAUGUGGACAUGUUGGGGCCAGUGAGUGCCCUCACCCAUGGUGGCAGUGUGGGUGUGUGGUUCCAGAAGCUUCCACAAGACAGGAGGUCAGAGCUGCUUUCAUGGCUCUGCCGUCCUACUCGCUGCUGUGUUACAUAUUUCCCGAGUGGGGAGGAGGGUGAGAAUAAAUUUAUUAAUGAGGCUGCUUGUCUUCAGGCUUA